AUGUUAGGUACUGUUUUUAGAAUUGUUAGCCCUAAAUUUAAUACUCAAGACAAUAAUUGGGUUUUGCCAUUAGAAAUAUGCAGCGAAGAUGAUAGAGAAUAUCAACAGAUAUUUGAACAUGAAAAAUGCGAAUUAGUUGGUGAAAAUCCGACUUAUUAUAAUUCAGCUGAAUUAAUGUAUCGUGUUGGUGACUAUGAUACAAGCGAAAAAUAUUUUAAUGAAUAUUUAAAAAUGCCUACUAGUACAAUCGAUACUAUCCAAGGUUAUGCUGGUCUCAGUAAAGUAUAUGGUCGAACAAAGAAUGAAGAAUUUCAAAUGCAAUGUAUCAACAAAUCAUAUGAAAUUAUAAAAGCCGAACACACAGCUAUUGAAAAUUCCAAUGAGCUUGAUGAAUUAAAUAAACUACUAAAUGACACUUUACUAAACGAAGAUGAAAGUUCUGAUAUUCAAAUGAUCAAAGCUAUGGUAAAUAUUCAAAAUAAACGUAAUGAUUUAGCUAUUUUAAAUUAUCAAAAGGUAUUAUCUAUUCAAAAGAGACAAUCACCAGAAAAUCAUCCAGAUAUUGCUCGCACACUCUUCAUCUUGGGUCACUCUUAUGUAUCAUUGAAACAAUUCGAACAAGGAGAGAAAUCCAUGCAAGAAGUAUUACAGAUACGCCGCAAAUCACUAUCUGGUAAUAAUCAUUAUCUUGCAUUGACAUAUAGUAGUUUAGGUUCUCUCUAUAAGAUAAUGAUGAAAAAUGAAUUAGCGUUGGAAUAUUUCCUAAAAGCACGUGAAAUACAUCUUGCAUCUGAUAAACCUGAAACACUUGAUCUUUGA